AUGCAUGAAGCUGAUGAAGCAUCCCGUGAGAGCGGGAGGCGCAAGCUCUCGGGCCGAAUACACAUCUUGGGCCUUGGGAAUGUAGGGACUUUUGUUGCUCAUUCGCUUGCAAGUCGGCCAUCUCCGCCUCCUAUUACCCUCUUGCUACAUAGUAGGAAUCUUUAUGGGGCCUGGUUAGCAAGGAAGAAGUGCUUAGCGGUCAAUACAAACGGCCUCGAUGAUAUCAAGACGGGCUUUGAUGUCAACGUAUUGAGUGAGCGGACUUGGUAUUCGCUACCGUAUUGGAAUCAGAAUGGCCAGCCCAAUACAAAUGGUGAUAGCGUCACAGAAGAAAAUCUGGAAGCCGGCGUGGAAGAGUCUCUUUCCCAGUCGGAGGAGGAUGAUGAACAUAUCGAAUGCUUAAUUGUUGCGGUCAAGGCACCGAUGACUACGAGAGCCCUGGAAUCUGUCAGUCACCGCUUAACCCCUGACUCCACUGUGCUCCUUCUGCAGAAUGGCAUGGGCACCAUCGAGGAGAUCAACGAGAAAGUUUUCCCUGACCCGCAUCAACGUCCACAUUACAUGUGUGGCAUCAUUUCGCAUGGCUUGGCACGUAAAAGGGACGCCUUCCAUGUUACUCAUACAGGUAUCGGAACUACUAUAAUCAGUCCUGUCUUGCCGGGUGAUGUCUUGCCAUCAAAGGAUGAAAAGGAUACGGAUUGGGCACCGAGCACGAAAUACCUGACACGUACAUUGACCCUCACGCCGCCGCUCGUGGCUGUCGCCGAAACCCCUUCGUCCCUUCUACUAUAUCAACUUGAAAAACUGGCAUUGAAUGCUAUCAUUAAUCCCCUUACAGCCCUGAUGGACUGUGAGAAUGGCGAGAUUCUCUACAACUAUAGCUUCACCCGCGUGAUGCGUAUGCUCCUCAUCGAGAUCUCGAGUGUCAUCUGCGCCUUGCCUGAACUGCAAGGGAUUCCUGGCAUUGAGAACCGCUUUGCACCAGAGCGGCUUCGAUCGAUGGUGACGAAGCUCGCGAACCAGACUGCAAAGAACACCAGCUCCAUGCUGGCUGAUGUGCGAUCUGGGAAAACCACGGAAAUCGAAUAUAUAAACGGCUAUAUAGUGCGCAGGGGGGAAGAGCUUGGCAUCAAGUGCGCGGUUAAUUAUAUGGUCAAGCAUCUGGUGCUCGCCAAACAACAAAUGGUGAAGCAAAGAGUGUCCGGAGCUAUCCCAAUCGAUGUUUUGAACGGCUCCAAGUUAUGA